AUGCCGAAUGAGCGCGAGUCGUUGGAUGACUGCCACUUCCGGCAUUACAGCCAAGGAGGGAGUAGUGCGGUAGCACCUGCGUUCGGUGUUCCGGCGUAUCUUCGAGAGUUUGCUCACCUGGGAGCGAUCGGAUGGCGGCAAGAUGAUGGCAGCAUCCAGUGGAACUGUGGUGGAUCAUUGAUCUGGGAGAACUACGUGCUUACGGCCGCACAUUGCACAGCAGACUUGGACAAUAAGCCCCCGGAUGUGGUGCGUUUCGGAGACAUUAAUCUGUACAACGAUACGGACGAUGCGUACGCGCAACAGUUCAACAUAGCGGAGGUCAUCCGCCAUCCGCAGCAUAGGUACAGUGCCAAGUACCACGACAUAGCGCUGCUGAAGUUGGAGAAGCAUAUUACGCUAAACGAGACCGUAGCACCGGCAUGUCUAUGGGAUGAGGAGGAACUGCGAUUCACUACGCUACAAGCGGCCGGUUGGGGAGCUACCGGGUAUGGUGACUCACAAACGCCAGUGCUGUUGAAAGUAUCGCUAGGGCCAGUGGACACGGAACAUUGCAAUCAGUUCUAUCGAGCUGGUGAUCGUGGUUUGAAGGUUGGUCUUCAACCGUACCAGCUGUGUGCGGGCGACGUGAAAAUGGACACUUGUCCGGGAGAUUCUGGAGGACCUCUGGAAGUGAAACUUCUGCACAACACCAAAGUAACACCUUUCAUUGUGGGGGUAACGUCGUUCGGCAGCGCCUGUGGUCAGUCGACCCCGGGGGUUUAUACGAAGGUCGCCGGCUACAUUCCCUGGAUACGGUCCGUUUUGGAGGUCCGAGGAGAAGAAGCUCCCGGAUCACUGUACAACAACAUUGCCAUCGUGAAGCUGAGCGAUCAUUUCUUCUUCCAUAACGCCGAGCGAACGUUGCUUCUAUCAAGGGCAGAUCAGCAUCGUGGCGUCAAUUGCUCGGUCCCGGAAAAGUAUUUACUCCGUUUGCGUAACGGCCUACGCGAGGAGCACCUGUGCUACGGUAACGAACCGUUCUUGGUGCCAGAAACCUGCGACCUACUGUACGGCGGGGCCGUGCAACGACGCGUGUUUCGCUUGGAGAAGUACUUCCAGCACGUUUAUGCGCUGAACCUGUUCGGACGCGACUGUGGCUACGGUCAGUCCGCUGUUGGCGUGCGCAUUUCGAGCCAUUUCGAGUGGCUAAGCAAAAUGCUGCUUACCAAUCGACCCAAGGAUUCAGACAGUUCGGUGCUGUUUUAUAAUACCGAUUUGUCGGUCGGGGAUCACUGUCGACUGCCGGCAGGAGGAUCCGGACUGUGCGUCGAUGUGCGCAGGUGCCCGAAGGUGAAGUACGACUUUCAAAUUCAUCGUCAAGUUACGUUCUGUGGCAACUCAUCGAUCGUUUGCUGUCCGUACCAUAAUGUGCUGAACGUCACCGAACAAUCGGUGGCCAGCCGAGAAUUGGACGAAUGUGAAGCCCGCUACAAAGGGGUACACCGAAAGACCUAUCUAUACUACGAACUGCUCGAAGCGGAUAAAGGAGACGUCGAUCAGUUUCCUCAUGUGGUUUACAUUGCCUGGCAAUCGGACAACGGAUCGUUCUACGAUUGCGCUGGGACGCUGAUCACCAAAAGUGUGGUUCUCUCGACUGCCAGCUGUCUUGAACGGGUCAACUCUAAGAAGGUUGUCGUGAAGUUGGGCUUUAACGCCACAGCACCCACCCUGUGGAUCAAAGAAAUCAUUCUACAUCCUCAGUUCGAGCCCAGCACUUAUCGGAAUGAUAUCGCCAUUGCAAAGAUAGCCGGAGAAGUCCAACCGGCAAGCGGGAAGAUGCCGGCAUGCCUUUGGCAGAACCAAACGCACACCCCGUUCCACUUGAAGCAGUUCAUGUUAACGGACACUCAGUACCUGAACAGCUACCCCAUGUACAACAAGGACUGUGAGGUGUUUCGGCACUACGGCAACAGGAGCCUGGAACCGACGCAGCUCUGUUUGAGCCUGGAAGGCGAGGACCAGCCAAUUGAUCCCGGUGAGCCAGCGUUUUGGCAAAAAGAGUUCAACGACACAGAGGGUUCGGUGGUGCAGUAUCUGGUCGGGAUCGUCAGCUACGUGUUUCCUAUACUAACUGUCCACACUCGGGUCGAGUCGUACGUCGACUGGAUCAAAAGUAUCAUUUAG